UAUAUGUCUCUCACUCUCUAUCCAAAGAAUAUUUUUUUUUUUAAAAAAAAGGAAGACAAAUUCCGGAAAACCGACAGAAUCGUCGUCGUCGUCGUCUUCUUUGCAUCUCGCCGGAAUCUUUUCGAUUACUGAAUCUGAAUAUCCGUAUAAUCUUCAUCCAGAAUCAAUUUCCCCCAGGGAUUAAUUGUUUUCUGAUCUCUUUCUGGAUUCUUCGGUUUUAAUUGAUUUGUUGAAAAGUGGGAAUCUUUGGUUUUCGAUUGAGAAAAAAAUGGAUUCCGAUUCGUGGACUGAUCGUCUCGCAUCGGCUUCAAGGAGAUACCAGCUCGAUUUCUUGUCCCGAUCUGAUAAUUUCUUGGGGUUUGAGGAGAUAGAGGGAGAAGAUGACUUCAGGGAGGAGUAUGCUUGCCCCUUCUGCUCUGACUACUUUGAUAUCGUCUCUCUCUGCUGCCACAUAGACGAAGAUCAUCCUAUGAACACAAUUAAUGGGGUGUGCCCCGUUUGUGCGGUGAAAGUGAGUUCCGAUAUGGUUGCUCAUAUAACACUUCAGCAUGCAAACAUGUUCAAGGUGACGACGAGGAAAAGGAAAGCAAGAAGAGGCGGGGCUCAGUCCAUGCUAUCCAUCUUGAAGAGAGAGUUUCCUGAUGGAAACUUUCAGAGCUUGUUUGAAGGAACCUCGCGCGUUGUGCCUCCUUCGUCUGCCACUAUAGCUGCUGACCCUUUGCUGUCUUCGUUCAUCACGCCAAUGGCAGAUGAACUUUUCAUUUCUGAGUCAGGUUUAUAUGGAGAGACAAGUUCUGCCAAGAAGGCAUCGAAUCAGAGUUUGCCUGAACGGAAGGUUGAGAAGAAGUCGCUUUCAGCAGAGGAUCACAGAGAAAAGUUGAAACAGAGCGAGUUUGUUCAAGGGAUUUUCUGCUCUACGAUUCUUGAUGAUGGAUUAUAAAGGAGAAAAUAGAACUUCUCUACGGUUAUUAGAUCAUUCAGCCAUUGGAAGAAAAAAAUUUGUAACGGAGUUGUUGUUUGUUCUCAACAAGUGAUAUGGGGAAGGGUUCAGGGAUAACCAGAAUAAUGUUAGUGAGCUUUGUAAGAGUCAAGAGAGACAUGAAUAAUGAGUAUUAUUUAUAUGUUAUUGAACA